CCAGCGCGCCGGAGGAAGCGCGUGCGGCUGUAUAGCACUGGUUUUCUCCGUUUUUCCAGCGUGCAAUUCCAGAUUCCCAUUUGCGGUUGAGAUUGUUUGACCAGAAGGUCAUCCUGAUCAUUUUUCCCUCGUCUGCUCUGAGGUUUUCCGCGGGACUGUCAGAACCGCAGCCGCUGCCUUUAUGUUAACCAGUGACUGGGUUGGUUACAUUCCGCGGCGGUGUGUACAGCAGGGUAAUGGGAUCUGGAAACACGUUUUAUGUUUUGUAAAAAUCGAGGCUCAUCUUCACAGGAGGACUGCUAAAGGUGUCUGGCGAAUUAAACCGAGCCUCGUAUCUUUUUUAUUUUAUGUAUCAUUUUGUCAGUUGUGAAUACUGCCAAACCUGUAGGAUACACUAGGCGUACAGCAGGACCAGAACAAUUUGUUGAUUAAAACAUACCAACUUUGAGAACUCCCGAAGCGGUUCCGAGAUGUCCAAUCCAGCGAAGUUCAAAAAGGAUAAAGAAAUAAUCGCCGAGUAUGAGAGCCACGUGAAGGAGAUCCGGGCCCAGCUGGUGGAGCAACAGAAGUGCCUGGAGCAGCAGACAGAGAUGAGGGUGCAGCUGCUCCAGGACCUGCAGGAUUUCUUCCGGAAGAAGUCAGAGAUUGAGACGGAGUAUUCCCGCAACCUGGAGAAAUUGGCCGAACGAUUCAUGGCCAAGACCCGCAGCACCAAGGACCACCAGCAGUACAAGAAGGAUCAGAACCUGUUCUCCCCGGUGAACUGCUGGUACCUGCUGCUGAACCAGGUGCGGAGGGAGAGCAAGGACCACGCCACACUGAGCGAUGUCUAUUUGAACAACGUCAUCCUGCGCUUUAUGCAAAUCAGCGAGGACUCCACCCGCCUGCUGAAGAAGAGUAAGGAUAUCGCGUUCCAGCUGCAGGAGGAUCUGAUGAAGGUUCUGAAUGAGCUCUACACUGUGAUGAAGACGUACCACUUGUACCACGCGGAGACCCUGAGCGCCGAGGCCAAGCUGCGUGAGGCGGAGCGGCAGGAGGAGCGCACCGCCCCCCCCCGCCCCUCGGAACCCGCCGCCCCCCCCCGCCCCGCGGACCACAGCCACAGACCCAGCGCUGCCAGCAAGAUCCAGAAGAUGAAGGAGAAGCGGCUGACCAAGUACUCGGAGAACAAGCUGAAGUCAAUAAGAGCCCGGAACGAGUACCUGCUGACGCUGGAAGCCACCAACUCCUCUGUGUUCAAGUACUACAUCCACGACCUGUCCGACGUUAUCGACUGCUGUGACCUGGGGUACCACGCCGGUCUCUCCCGGGCCCUGCGUACCUAUCUGUCUGCGGAGAGCAGCUUGGAGGCGUCUCGGCGGGAGGGCCUGGACGUCAUGGAGACGGCGGUGGAUGGGCUGGACCCCCCCAGCGACCGGCAGCGCUUCCUGCAGCUGCACCCCAGCUCCUUCUGCCCCCCCGCCCGGCUUGCCUUCCAGCCCCACAUGGGCGACCAGGUGUGCCAGAUCAGCGCACCCCCUCCAGUCCUGGGAGAGCUUGUGCUGCGAUACCAGCAGCUACAGUCCCGCCUGGCCACGCUCAACAUCGAGAACGAGGAGGUGAAGAAGACCUCUGAGGCGACCCUGUCAGCUCUGCAGGACAUGGUGAGCCUGGAGGAUUACGACGUGUCCGAGUGCUUCCAGCACAGCCGCUCCUCCGACUCGGUCCGGUCCGGAGCGUCGGAGACCCUCAGCCGGCCCAGCCUGGCCCGCCGCCGCGCCCACCUGCAGGAGACCGAGCAGUUCUACUUCACAAAAUUCCGGGAGUUUCUGGAAGGGAGCAACCUGAUCUCCAAGCUGCAGGCCAAGAAUGACCUGCUGAAGAGGAGCCUGGCUGAAGGUCACAGAGCUGACUACAUGACCACCAGCCGAGGAAGACGGAAGUCCCACAUCCGGCACCAGGAUGCUGCUCAUGCUAUCCCUCGUGUGGUGGAGAGCUGUAUUCGCUUCAUAAACCUCUAUGGACUGCAGCACCAGGGGAUUUUCCGAGUUUCAGGUUCUCAGGUAGAAGUCAACGACAUCAAGAACUCGUUUGAGAGAGGUAACGAUCCACUGGCCGAUGAGGAGAACAGUCACAACAUGGACUCCGUUGCCGGCGUUCUCAAACUGUAUUUCAGAGGGCUGGAGAACUCCCUCUUUCCCAAGGAAAGAUUUAACGAGCUCAUCUCCUGCAUCAGAGUGGAGGAUCAGGCUGAACGGGCGCUGUGCAUCCGGAAGGUUCUGCUGAGUGCUGUGCCGCGCCCCGUCCUCAUUGUGAUGCGCUACCUCUUCUCCUUCCUCAACCAUCUGUCCCAGUACAGCGAUGAGAACAUGAUGGACCCCUAUAACCUGGCGGUGUGUUUCGGGCCCACUCUCAUGCCCACGCCCGAGCCCCUGGACCCCGUCUCCUGCCAGCCGCAGGUUAACGAGGUCGUGAAGACCGUCAUCAUCCAGCACCACGCCAUCUUCCCAGACCCCAGAGAGCUGCACGGGCCCGUCUACGAGAAGUGCAUGGGGGGCUACUGUGAGAGCCCAUACAGUGAGCCUGGUGCUCUGGAGGAGGGGGACCAGGAGGGGGACCCGGAGGGUGGCAUGGAGACCCACACCAGCGAGGAAGAGUCAGAGCCCAUCGAGGCUAUCGCGCGGUUUGAGUACUCUGGCCGCUCUGCGCGGGAGCUGUCCUUCAGGAAGGGGGCGUCUCUGCUGCUGCUCCAGCGCGCAUCACAGGACUGGUGGGAGGGGAGGCACGGCGGGCGGGACGGGCUGGUGCCCCAUCAGUACAUCCUGCUGCAGGACCGAUGCAGGAAGCGUUCAGACCCCCCCUCUCGCCGGCCCAUCGCCAUGGAGACGGCGGGAUCACCCGUGGGGGGGGAGUACAGCCCGCGGGACCUGCUGCGUGGGAGGGGCCUGGCUGUGAUUGACAGCCCUGAGAGGCCCCCCCACAUUGGCCGCCACGAGUCGCUGCGAAAAACCGACAGCCCCCCCCUGCGCCCCCCCCCUGAGGCCAUCACACAGGACAUCGAGGAGACGAUGAAUGCUCUGACUGAGUUGCGUGAGCUGGAGAGGCAGAGCUCGGCCAGUCACGCUCCAGACGUGGUGUUAGACACACUGGAGCCUCAGAAGGCCAGCCCCCUCCUGCUUCCUGCUCGUCACCGUGGCAACGCCCACUCCAACACCCCCUCCCCCGACAACAUCAGCAGCUUCAAACCCCUACUGGCCCCACGUAUGGGGCUGCAACUCCAACCCCUACUGGCCCCACGUUUGGGGCUGCAACUCCAAACCCCCAGCCUGCGCCCCAAGCCACUGCUGCUGCCCAAAACUGGCUCCGCCCAGCCCCCCGCCCCCCCACCCCAAGACCCCCUGGACAAGUCCUGCACAAUGUGAGCGCCCCCCUCUGGCCACACGGGCAUGUGACAGAGACUGUAAACAGGAGAGCAUUUGCAUCGCAACAUAUUAUCCAUGUUCAUGAGAAGAUUCUCAAUAAUAUGUUGGUUGGGGUAGGAGGGAUAUUAAAGUAAUUCAUGAUUGUUAAUGUAUUGACGUAAGAUGGGUGUGUAUACUUUCAGUGUCUCUGCAGUUAUAGCCACUUGGAAGCCAGGAACUAACCUGCUGCUGUUCCUGUAGCUGAACCAUAGGGAUGUUACUAUAGCCCUGUUUCAGUACAGGAUUCCCAGAGAGUAGUUGGUAUAUCUUAGAUCAAAAAAAGGCAGCCACUGAGGCACUGAUAUAGCGUAAAUAGUGUAACUUCAAAUGUUUAAAUGUGCAACACAGUUAGAUUGUAAAGAUUUUUUCUUGAUAAAGACUUCCUGUAAAUGUUUGGAUUCAGUGAAUGGAGUUCUACAUUAACAAGGACAAGAGCUUUUUGUUGUUAGAUUACCCCUCAGAACUGUGGAGAAUGUUUGCUUUUAUCAGUAUCAGCUGAAGUAAGUAGGUGUAGUUAAGUGAUAUUAGGCCUGUCACAUGAAUAUAGGCAUUUACUCAGUGAGGAACUUGAAAUGGACACUUUGGAAAGCUGCUAUAUUCUCCAUCACCACUUGGAGAGAAAGUGAAAAGGGGAAAAGGGUUCAGUGCUCCAAAGCCUUUUCAAUGCACUCGCCCACACGCACGGAAGAGCUCGCUCAUUUCAGCUCUGCCAAAAUGUAUAGCACGUGUUCCUCUUUUUAUUAUCAGUUAAAAAUGGGGACAGGUUUUUUUUCUGCAAGAUUAGCAGAAUAGUUUCAACAGUCAUGGAAUGUAGCUACUUGGAGAGCACGUUUAUUAAUAAUUCCAUGAAAUAUUUUGUUCAUUCUUGGAUGUGUGUGCGCGUGCGUGCGUGUGUGUGCGCAUGUGCACACGUGCAUGCGUGCGUGUGUGUGCGCGUGUGUGCGUGCGUGCGUGUGUGCAUGUGUGUGCGUGCGUGUGUGU